AUGCUUCUCGAGGCACAUAGCCCGAACUUCGACUUCCAGGAUGCGUUUGGAUUCUCCAUCCUACACGCAGUCACCUUGGUCGAUAUGGAUAUGGAAGCACGCCUGAUCUUAGACCAGUACCCGGAGGUGAUUGAUCGAAUCAACGACCAUGGAAAGUUAUCUCUUUAUGAUGCGGCGGAGAGGGGUUGCGCCAAAGUGGCAGAAGUCCUUAUCGAAUGUGGUGCCAAUGUCAACCUACUAGACAACGAGAAGAAGACCCCGCUGUGGUUUGCGGUGUCCAAGAGGGACCACAACGUGAUUCGGAUGUUGUUGGCCGCUGAUGCAGAUACAUCAAUCGACUGGGACUCAAGGCCGCUCGCUUAUUACACGGGCGACGCACCGCAGGAACUGUUCAAUCUCCUUCUCGAGUAUAUCCACCAAUUAAAAUACCAUGCCAUAGACAAAAACUGUGUGUCUGGCUUGCAUGAGGCUGCGUUUCGCGGUCGAGAAGAGACGGCGUUGGCCUUCAUCGAGCACGACAUCAUCCACGGGAAACGCCUGCUAGCGCAGCAGAAUAAGUGGGGAAAUACUCCGUUGCAUGAUGCUUGCUCUUCUGGGAUGCUGAAGGUUGUCAAGCGGCUACUGCAGGCGUGUGACGAUGAGCUGUUGGACAUCAGGAAUGUGCUAGGAAAUACGGCGCCAGACUAUGCAAUUGAGAACGUCCAUGAUGCUGUGGUUGAAUAUCUGCGUGGUAAGGGGCCAAAGACUCUGGACUCCGUGGAGGUAGAAGGAGCCCAAUAG